AAAAAGUAACGUUCGCCCGCUAUGUUAGCGCGCUUGAAAAUUUUCAAAAUAAAAAUAGACGCUUUUAGAUUAAGUACACCGUGCAAGUUCUUGAAAUAAUGAAAACGCUUCCGAGCAUGUUUGAAAUAAAACAUUUACUAUAUAAUAGCAGUGGGUGACUAAUAAGUACAUUAAUAAACUCAUCAUGUCUGAUAGUGAUAGUGACUGUGUUAGUGAAAUGUUUACAUCUCAAAAAGGAAAUGGGGUCUUUAGGCUCAAAGGACCCAACUUUGACAGUAACUUGACAGUGCGAAGCAACACUUCGGUGGUACCAUCAAAUCUAGAAAGAACACUCCAAGGAAAUUACUCAGUUAUGCCGACAAACUUUGAAAGUAUGAGGCCGGGGUUCCGAGGCGCACUCAGUCAUAGAGGGGCAUUCUCACACAGGGAGACUUCUCCUACAAUGUCUUUGAGAAGUUUGGAUUUACCCCCAAGGAACUUUCAGCAAUCAUUCUGCCGCAGUGGGUUUGCUCAGAGCUCUGUUAUAGGUGGAAGAGACAGGACUCGGGCAGUGUCACCUACUGCUUCUAUGAUAAGCAUAGGUUCCAAUGUGAGUGUAGCUGCUUCAGAGUACAUUGUAUCAGCUUUAAAAAGUAUGCAGUUUAACAAACAUGAGAUGAAAAAUAUCAAGGAUGCAUACAACAAAUAUGUUAAAGGUCGGAUUAGAAAGAAAUUGACAAAAAGAAGAUAUUUAAAACAAUGUAUGAAAUAUGCAAGACAAUUAUCCAGUGACGACUCAGAUGAUGCAUACACAAAGAAAAGACGAAGGCAAAGUGUAGAUUCAGGUGAGCUUGGCAGUGACUCAUCAUGCAGCAGCAAUGAUGUCACAUCUGUCAGAACCGGUGUCACUAAAAAGAGCAGUUACAGUAAGCACAAAUCAUUCAAAAGACCCACACAACCUGGAAAUAAUAGUGAUGAUUCCAAAUCUGUAAGAUCAGAGAUGCAAGAGUUUCGUAAAACUAUUCAGGGCAGUACUAUGGUCAAAGAUUCCACAAAUAGCCUCAAACAUGACUCUUUCAGAAAUAUUUUCAGUCUUGGCCCCAGAAGCAAUUGCAAUCAGAGUAAUGCUACUCUCACUGCUGAAGUGAACAAACCAACAACACUCAAGGAGAGAUUUCAAAGUAGCUUUCUAUUGCCUUCUCAAAGAUUUUCUAAAUCUAUCUCUGUGCAACCAAUAGCUGAAGAACAACCAAAAAAUUCUGUUAAAAACAGAAAACUAGUUUUUCGUCAUAAUGGAACAAAUAAUUACAAAACUUCUACUCGUCCAAUGAAUUUAAAGAAUAAAAACAAUGAAAAUAACAAUGAAACAGAUAGUGAUGAAGAAAAUAUUUUCUCUGAAAUAACAGAUCCUGAAAAAAGUAUUCUAAAACAUCCACAAAUACACAACAAAAGAAACCUAAAUAGUUCAGAUGAAUCUGAAACAGUAUAUUCUCAGAAUAAAAAGACAAAAUUGUCCCCACCCAGAAAAGAAUCUCAAAAAGAAAAUCAGAAAGAAGUUGUUCAAAAUAAUACCAAUCAGAAAAAUCAUGACUCAGACUUUGUUUUUGCCAAGCCUUGUGGCUUACCUGUACGCAAAUCAGUAAACACAAAGAAGACUGAAGUUCAACUAGCUUAUAAUGUGUCUGCAGAUCCUAAAAAUAAAGUACCAACAGCCACAGCACAAUCUGCUAGUGUCAAUGUUGCCACUGAGCAUACCGAGGUAGAUGAGCAAUCAGAAACUAUACAGAGCGACGUAUCAUCGCGGCCAAGCUUUAUGAAAAGAAAGCUAUUUACGCAAACUCUUGAUGUCACUGAGAACAAAGGUCAAGAUACCUCUCCAGGCAUAAGUCCACAAAAGGUUUACGAUGACGUCAUGAAAGAGAAAAAUAAAACUCGUAAACUAGUGACCAACCAGUCGUGCCUCACAAGAAAUGUUAACAAUGAAGACAAUAAUCUCCUUGAUUUGAUACAAAAGAUAGUUCCAUUACAAAAUAUGAGUGUAACUUCUAACACAACACAAAAAAGGGAUUCUAAUUUAAAUGGCGAUUCAAAUGUUAAUAAUAAUAAUAAUAAGGUACCAGAAGACAAGUGGGAUAUCACUGCAAUUAUAUCUACUUGUAAUAAUGAAGAUAUGAGUGAUACUUACACUGACGAGGAAAUAUUCACAGUACACAGUAAGGAGAAACCUGGACAAAUUAAAAAGGGUAGAAGCCCGAAAGCUUUAAAAAAAUGUUUAGUGGUAGUUGAGCCCAUCCCCAAUGUAAAAACUUCAAAUCCUAAUGGAGUUAAACCAAAUACUAGAAUUUUACAGAAAGAAAAAAGCACUCCAAAGAAAAAUGAAACAAUGCCGAAAAGCUUAGUUCGCCAGGCGCAUGCAUUCUGGAACUGCGAUAGCGAGUCCGAAGGCCCAAACACGCCCACGAUAGUGCAACCAUUUACAAGGAAAUUACAAGCAAAAGAAGUCCCUAUCAGUCAAAAGCUGGCCGAGAAUGCAAGUGAAAAAUCCGUUAUGGUUAAGAAUAUUAAGUCAGUAUUAGAAAUGACUGAAUCAAGCAAUGAAAGUUCUAUGUCAAUUGAAUGUGUUGGCAAUACCGUGGAAAAGGUAGCUAGUAAUAGAAGUUUACGUUUGAAGACCAUCAAGGCCUUAAGAGACAAAAAAACAACAUCUGCUAAACCCUGCAAACCUAAAGAUUUGCAAGAGAGCCUCAGCAACCUGCUUGGCAAGGGUGACAAUAACAAGAAAAGUCAACAAAAGUUGUCCUCCUUUUUCGAUUCAGAAACUGCAAGUAAGAAAAAGCCUGCAGAAAAAAAAUGUUCUAAUAAUGCAGCUGGUGACAAACAAGACCGCAAACCUAACAAAGACAAACAAGAUAAUAGUAUAGUUGCACCAAAAUCUCAAAGAAGCGCUCAGCCUGAACUUAACAGAUCCACAAGAGCCAGGGCUAGAACAGUGACAUCUGUAAAAAACAUGCUGACCAAUAAAAGUGUUGACAAAAUUGGAAAUAAAGCAGAGCUUAAUGUAUCAAAGAGAGGCAGGCCGAGAAAAAAUCUUAAUAGUACUACACCUGUUUCAAAAGAAAAUGAAGAUGCUGCUGCAAAUAUUGACGCUGACAAGAAUAAAGUUAAAACUGAUGGUAAACCAAAACCGACAUCGAAUAGAGUAUCUGACUUAAAUAAAUCUCAAAGAGAAAGAUUACGAAAAUUAUCAACACCAUUUAAAAUCAACCAAGUUAAGGCUCCAGCUAAAACUGAUUUGAAAAUAAAAGCUCCUGCUAAAGCAGAUUUAAAUGUAUCGAAAAGAGGAAGACCAAGGAAAGCUCUUAAUAAUGGUGCAACACCUUCUAAAACCUCGAAAGUGCCCGUUACAAAUAAAAAUGACCAACAAACAUCGAGUAAGCAAAUUGACGAAUUUAUAAGCCCUAUCGCGUUUAGGACAAGACGAUCCAAGGAGAAUUCAAUCUUGAAAUCACCCGUUCGCAAUUUACCUCCGAAACCAGCGCGCAACGCCAAGAAAUCCCUCAACACUACAGUGAACACGAGCCGGCGGAAAAACAUCUCCAACGAAUCAAACAAGGAGAACACAAGCAAAGGCGUCUACAGAAAGUCUCCUAGAAACCGUAAAAACAACUCUCUGCUCAACUGUUGCGAGUCUCCGAUUAAGAAAACAGCAGAGGCGGAACAAAAGAAUGAUGUGAAGUUCGUGCAACCAGCAGUUCCUUCGAGGGUGCUGCAUGAGGUGCCCGACUCGCCGGAGGCGUCCAUGUCGUCGUUCCGUCCCGUGCGGCAGACACGCAAGGGGAGGGCUGUCGAGGGGGCGGGUGGGUCCCACGUGGGGCUCCCGGGGGCGGGCGGGGCGCGCUGGGCGGCGGGCGUGGCGCGCGCCACGGUGGGCGCGGCGCCGCGGCACUGCGCCGCCGACCAGACGCUGGGCUCGGCCGUGGACGACGACGCGCGGUCCUUCCGCAGCGCCUCCAGCCGGAGCCUCCUCGCGCGCUCGGGCCGCAUCAAGUUUCUACACGUGUUCUGAUUGGCUCUGUGAAGAUUUAAGUUUGUUGUGUUCUCUGCAUAGCUGUUAACGAACAGUUUCGCUAUGGUGUUGGCUUUACGAGGGAUAUUCUAGUACGAUAAUACUUUACGAAUUUCAGCAAAAGCUGGAGCACUUUUCGAGCAUAGUUUACUUCUUAAGUGAAUUGACCUGAAUAGUAAUUUUAUUUAUCUUAUUGAAUUAAGAUAAACCAUUUUAAACUUUACUAAUAGGUAUGUCUAAGGUAAUUAAUAAGUUUGUUAAUGUUUUUGCUUUUGCCAUCUUAGGAUAGGUUUUUAUUUCUAUACAUAAAAUCGCAUUUUUUUAGAUUAUGUACGGUAAAAAUUAUGAGUAAAUAUUUUAUCUUGUUCAAACUUUUCUUAUGCGCCGAUUAAGAUUGAGACUCCUGUGGUUAUUAUAUUAUAAUUAUUAAUAUAUUUUAAUAUGAUUUGAUUAUGAACAAUGUUUGAUGUGUGUAUAAAUUAUUAUUUUAACAAUGUACUGUUUACCUCAUAGGAUGAUUACUAUUAUAAUUAAAAAUAUAGAUGAAACAA